AUGCAAAGAAGCCGACAAUUCUCGACGGCUUGCAGGCUUUUGGCCAAAAAAACUGUCCAGACUAAACAAAAAUAUCUCGGUAGAGUCAGCAAUAACUUAUCCCUGGGUGUUGUGGGGCUCGCAAACGUGGGAAAGAGCACAUUUUUCCAGGCGAUCACGAAAUCGACUUUGGGAAAUCCAGCCAACUACCCUUUUGCCACUAUAGAUGCCGAGAAAUCUCUUGUAGUUGUUGAGAGUCCCAAGCUAGACCAAUUUCAAAAAUUGUUUCAAUCUGAGAAGAAGGUGCCCACGUCUCUCACGAUCUACGACAUCGCAGGGUUAACUAGAAACGCGGCAAGUGGACAAGGGUUGGGAAAUAAAUUUCUUUCUGAUAUAAGACAAGUUGAUGGAAUUUUUCAUCUUGUACGUGGAUUUAGAGAUGACGAAAUCACUCACAUCGAGAACAGCGUGGAUCCCGUCAGGGAUAUGACCAUUGUCACUGAUGAGCUUAUAUUGAAGGAUUUAGACUUUAUCGAAACGGCGCUCGAGAAUGUUCAUAAAAAGGAGAAGAAGCCUGGGAACGACAAGUCAGCUGUGAAGUUCGAAAUUGAUACUUUGGAAAAAAUCCUGGAGCUUCUUUAUUCUGGGAGAAAAGUUGCAUCCGAGGAAUGGACUGAGGAAGAGAUAGAUGUUAUAAACGCUCUCAAUUUGUUAACAGCGAAGCCCACUGUCGUAUUGCUCAACGUGUGUCCAAAUGACUAUGUGAAUCAUCAAAACGAGUUCAUGGAGGCUGUUCAGAAUUGGAUCCGGGAAAAUUGUCCUCAGGAUAAAUUAAUGUUGUUUUCUGCUCAAUAUGAGAGCCAGUUGAAUGAACUUGAAGGUAAGGAACUUGCGGAUUUUGUCAAGGAAUACGAUUCUAAACCCAGUGCCAUGGCCCGUAUUGUUGACGCUAUUCGGGAAGUUCUCCACUUGAUAUCGUUCUACACGUGUGGACCAAAAGAGGCUCACCAGUGGUCUAUAAGAGAGGGAUCCACAGCACCCGAGGCUGCAGGGGCGAUUCACACGGACUUGCAAAACACCUUUAUUUCUGCUCAAGUUUACAAAUGGGAUGAUGUCAAGAAUGAGCCCGGGCCCCUAGACGAGGCUUCACUAAAAAGUAAGGGCAAACAAUUGAGAGUAGGAAAGGCGUAUGUCGUUGAGGACGGGGAUGUCAUGGUAGUAAAAGCAGCGAAGGGCCGAAAGUAA